GCCCUGAGUCUUCGGAGAAGGGCGGCAUAUAAGUCAAAUUUUAAAAAAAGAAAAAAAUCCCAUUCCCUGCUAGCACUGAUGACGUUACCUAGUUGGGUCAGGAAAGGUCUGCAAGAAAACAAUCAAGUUCAGAGAACAUCAAGGACCACAUAAUCCUCCUCUUCCUACUCAAACAGCCCUCCCUUGUAGCACUGAUGACGUUACUUAGUUGGGUCAUGAAACGUCUGCCCAGGCUCAGAAAGUACUAAAAACCCUGCAACCAACCUCUUUUGGAAACUUUUCCAUUCCUCUUUCUGAAAAACGGUGGCCCCCCCACCCCAACACCUUGUCAUGCAUCUGCUGUUUACGUCUUGUGAGCCUCUGUUCACCCAACAUUUGUUGUGUUCUCUUCCUUCCGGUUUGAUACGAUCCGUUCCACCUUUCCUCCCAUGCGGUCCUGUUGGCAGCUCCCCCCCCCCACGUGGUUCGUGGCAUCUGACGGCCUCUUUUUCUCUUUCCCCUCUUGUGCCCAGAGUCCAAUGGAGACAUUUCGCAGUACAAAGGCAGCGUGUCCUGUUCGAUGCAGAGCAAGGAUGGGAGCGCCCCUGGAUCGGUGUACGUCGAAUACGACACCGGCCAGUAUAUCCAUCCGGCCGAAGGGAUGUUCCGGAGGCCUACAGAAGGCCAAUCCCUGAUCAGCUACCUGUCGGAACAAGAUUUUGGCAGCUGUGAAGACCUGGAGAAGGAAAACGCCCACUUCAGCAUCUCCGAGUCGCUCAUUGCUGCCAUCGAGCUGAUGAAAUGCAACAUGAUGAACCGUCAGAUGGAAGAGGAGGAGGAAGAAAGCGACAAGGUGAUUCAAGACCUUAAGCAGAAGAUCCGUAUCCGCCGGCAACAAAUUCGGACCCGCUACCUCCACCCGGCGUGCCAGGAUGUGGGCUCUGACAGUCUGAAAGCGACAGACAGCGGAUCGUAUUUCAGCUCCCAAGACUCAACCUGCCCCUCCGACUCGGGGUCUGCGGAAGAGGUGGAUGAGUACGAGAUCCGAGAUGGAAACGAAGGAUCCAACCUGAUUCACAUGUCCAACAGUGACCUGUCCGUCUCGAUGGCCUCCUUGUUUUCAGACGCGGACAUCAAGAGGAGCCAACCCCCGAGUAAAAAGUCCUUCCUUUCCUCUGGCUCCACGAGCUACCACAGCUUCCUCAACUCCAACUCGGCCGAAGCCGUAGCCAUGGGCUUACUCAAGCAGUUCGAAGGGAUGCAGCUGCCCGCGGCCUCUGAACUCGAGUGGCUGGUGCCCGAGCAUGACGCCCCACAGAAGCUGUUGCCGAUUCCCGAUUCCGUGCCCAUAUCUCCGGACGACGGAGAGCACGCCGAUAUUUACAAGCUCCGCAUCCGGGUGCGGGGGAACUUGGAGUGGGCCCCUCCCCGCCCGCAGAUCAUCUUCAAUAUCCAUCCAGCACCAACGAGGAAGGCAGCAGUGGCCAAGCAGAACUACCGUUGCGCUGGCUGUGGGAUCAGGACAGAUUUUGAUUACAUCAAGCGGAUGCGCUACUGCGAGUACCUGGGCAAAUACUUCUGCCAGUGCUGCCACGAGAAUGCCCAGAUGGUCAUUCCCAGCCGCAUCCUUCGCAGGUGGGACUUCGGCAAAUACUACGUCAGCAAUUUCUCCAAGGAUCUGCUGCAUAAGAUCUGGAAUGAUCCCCUCUUCAACAUGCAGGACGUUAACUCUGCCCUCUACCGUAAGGUCAAGCCUCUCAACCAAGUCAGGCUUUUAAGAAUCCAGCUGUACCACAUGAAGAACAUGUUCAAGACGUGUCGCCUAGCUAAAGGACUUCUGGAUGCCUUCGACGCAGUGCCCGGCCACCUGACCGAAGACCUUCACCUGUAUUCCUUAAACGACUUAAGCGCCAUCAAGAAGGGGGAGCUUGUCCCCCGCUUGACUGAGCUCCUCCGGGUGGGAGAGGUGCACGUUGAGAAAUGCAUGCUGUGCCAAGCGAAGGGGUUCAUCUGCGAAUUCUGCCAGAAUGAGGACGACAUCCUGUUUCCCUUUGAGCUGAACAAGUGCAAGACGUGCGAAGAGUGCCGAGCUUGCUACCACAAGGGCUGCUUCCGGUCGGGACCUUGCCCCAAAUGCGCCCGUUUGCAAGCUCGCCGGGAGCUUCUCGCCAAGCAGAGUCUGGAAGCCAACCUCUCCGACUACGAACCGGAGGAGGACGACACGGUAGGAGCAGCCACGUGACGUCCGAGAAGCUGCAGGUCGCCGCGCAGCCUGCGCUUCCAAAGACUGAACUGAUCAGCCGCGAAGCCGGACACUCUCCCACGCUCCCGAAGCCCAAGCAACUCUUCACGGCUUUGGCCUGCGGGAAGGGAAGUUUCCCCUCCUUUUGCUGGAACUCGAGCAAACAGAUUUGGCUCCUGUGACCAGCUCGGAUGCACAACUUCAAGAUGAAUUUUCCUUUCUACGGGAAGGCAGAGGAUUUGGCUCGGUGCGCGUCCUACAAGGACUUUGCUCCAUCCACGGGGGAGACGCUAAGGAUGGGCUUUCCGGAGGUUUGAGUUCCCCGACACAAUCCGGCCACGCUCGUAAAAAGCGGAAAAAAAUCAACCCUCCUGCCUCGUUCGACUUGCCGUAUCGGUUGCUGUGUGCCGGAUGAGGCCGUUGUGUUCUUUUUUAUUAUUAUUAUUAAUUUU